AUGUCUAGCUCAAACAAUGAUCCUUCCAAUUCCAAGAGACUAAGAGCGUUGAACAAAGCAUACAAGUACACCAGUAAUUGGGCUGAUAAGAAUGUUGGUACUAAUCGAGGACUAGCAGCAGGGACCGCAGCCUCCGUGAUUGGAAUGGGUAUUGAUAGGACUGAAAGAAGAGACUCAAGAGACAGUUUGGACACAGAUAUUUUCUCGGAUGAAGAAUUGAAUGCACUUAAAGAUAUGGAGGAGCCAAAGGAUAGUAAGACUAGCCAUUUCAUGGACCAUUUUGUUGAAAAAUUAUUGAAAAAUACCAUGCCAGAUGAUGACAAGCAAAUAAUUGAAGAAAGAUUACACGAUCCAGAAAGAACCAAGAGGCCGGGUCUUUCCCUAAAGAUAAUUGCCUCGAACUUUAAAAAAUUAAGUACCAAAAUGAGUGGGUUUUUUGAAAUUCAGUAUGGGUUAAUACAUAUUGUUACAUGGAAGAGACCCACAAAAACCUUAUCAUUCUUAGUGAUGUAUACCGCAGUUUGUCUAUGGCCACACCUUGUAUUGGCUUUGCCAUUAUUAUUUUUGCUUUUUGGAAUAAUGAUUCCUGCUUAUAUUCAUAGACAUCCUAUGAAAACUCCUGAACUCAUAAAGGUCAAAAAAAGGGGACAAUCUAUAUUUGAAUUCUUUAACCAAUCACUGGAAGAUAGUAUUUUAAUUGAUUUACUCAGUGAUGAAUUCAAAGAGCAUGAACUUCGACCAACGAGCUCAAUAAGCUCGGAAAGUUCAACAUCUGUAUUCACUCAACAGCCAGUCUCGGCCAACUCUGUUGCAAGUGACCCAGUUGAUGUGAAUGAAAAAUUAACUAAGAGGAGAAGAGCUCGUUAUGUGAAGUCUCAAAUGUCUUUGUUUCUCAAUAUGAGAGAUUUACAGAAUCUAACAUCUGAUGUUAUAGUUGCAUUUGACCAAGCAGAAAUAUUUUGGUUUGAAACUGCAGGUUUUAAAGAUGAAAGAUUUUCGACGUUUCUUUUCUAUAUAGUAGCCAUUGCUACUUAUAUCGUCUUGUUCUUGGGGAGAUUUAUUCCUUGGAGACUCAUUUUCAUUCAAUCGGGUUGGUUAAGUAUUAUUUUAUGCCAUCCACAUAGUAAAAAACUUUUAGUCGCCAUCCUGAAAAAUAAACAAAAGCAAAAAUUGCAAAAACAAAAGAAAGAAGAAGAUUCUGGUUUACCUAAAGAAGAUGAGGAGCCAAAAAAGUUCGAUAGACAUGACAUUAUCAUCGAUGAUGCUGCUGACGUUCGCGUCGUGGAAAUAUAUGAGUUAGAAGUCAAAAGCUUGACCAAAAAUGAAUGGUCUUUUUACUGCUAUUCAAACAGAUUGUUCAAUUGCCGUGAUCAUUUAAGGUUAUCUGGAAAAAGACCAACUGGAGUUGAACAUUUAUCGAAAGUCUUACCUCCUCCGGAAUGGAAAUUUGAUGUUGGGUACGAGAAUAACUGGGGUAUAGAUAUCGAUCCUUCGAGAUUUUUGGAAGAAAGACAAAUAGAUUCAACUUAUUUACUAAUUAAAGAUGAUGAAAAGGAAGGUUGGAUCUAUGAUAAAUUGAAAAAUGCUGACACUUCUGACAGCGUAUAUGAAUUCCGUAGAAGACGUUUAGUGAGAGAAUGCUUCAGGUACUCCAGACCACCUAAGAAACCUCUGUCUUACUAG